AUGCAGUGGUGGCGCCAGAGGGGGGGCAGGGGGGGCUACAGCCCCCCCGUCGGAGGAGGCUAGCCCCUCCGUCGGAAGAUAAAUUAUGCUUGAAUUUUUUUUGUCGGAGCGAAUUUUUUAAGUUUUGGCGGAAAUAGAAAUUUCUAAAAGGACUGUUAUCAGAAUUCAGGAAGCUCAUCCCAAAACAACUCAUCGACACAUCAAUUUCAUGGUAAAUAAUAAUCUGUUAUAAGAAGUUUGAAUUGGUUGUUUAGAUGUUCAGUACCAGGUGUUUUCCGCAUGCUGUUAAAUUUGAUCUUAUGUUAUGGAUAGUGCAGUUCGUCCAAAUCUUGCUUGCUAUAACCAACCUACAACAUCGGAAUAUUUUUGUGCGAUAGCGAUAUGGCAACAAAUGUUACCCGUUUCAGUGUUAGAUGUAGUAUAUGUAAUGACGUAUUUAACAAUGAUUACGCUGCCCGCCACACGAAGUCCAAGCACAAAGAUUUGGCUGCAAUGGGAAGGACUGCUCCUACGACGGCAAUAGUUGAAACGGACUCGCAGCAGAGAAAAAUAAAAACAUUUUUUCAAUCAAAAGGCGGUACUUUUCCAAAGAAACGAAAGGUUAAUGAUUUUGAAACUGAAAGAACAACAGAAGACCCCGAAGAACAAGAAGUUGAAAUUUCGAAAAUUCAAGACGAAGAGCAAAUCGAACGUGGUACAACUUCUAGCUUGGACCCCGAAGUCACGAAUGUAGAUGCUGACAACUACGUCACCAUUUCGGAAGCCGAACAGUCGAUGUCGGACAUUGUGGAAGCAGCAAAUGAAAGCGACAGCAACGAGGAUAUCGAGGAAAAUUUGGAACAGUUGGAACUCGAGUUGGAAGAUGAAGUUGAUCCUGCAGGAUUAUCAGCCGAAGCACUUCAAGGAGAUUCGAGAGGACCGCAACUUACACUAUCCGUCGCUGGCCCCAAGGACAUAUCCUCAACCAAAGACGGCGGACCUGUGCAGCCUCGUAAUAUUUCCUUCCCUACACAUUUGAUUGGCAAUCAGCAUCGCGCAUUCACACCUUUGCUGUAUGAAAAGUAUCCCUGGAUUGAGUAUUCGCAAAUGGAGGAUGCCAUCUUCUGUUUCCACUGUCGUAAUUUUUCAGAGAAUCGGAAGGAUCCAGCGUUUGUUAGUCAAGGCUUGCGCAAUUGGAAAAGAUGCUAUGGCACCAAAGUGAAUGAUAACAAACUCUUGCAACAUCAAACCAGCCAUCUUCAUGCCCAAAGUGUAGCUGCUAAAGCGCACUAUGAAAACGUUAAGUCUGGAAAUUUUCAGACCAUUGCCACACUUCAUGAUGCCGCUUAUUCGAAACUGGUUAAAGACAACAGGCAUUACAUGCGAGUGAUUUGCGAAGUCCUGCUUCUCACUGCUCAGCGGAAGAUUGCCCAACGUGAGACUGGAGGUUCAUUUCGUGUUGCCGAUAUAAAUAAAGAAGCUCUAGACUAUGGACCUUCUUGUGGUAAUUUUCUUGCGAUACUUGGUCUUCUUGCAAGGCAUGACCCAGUUGUUGCUGACAAAAUCCGCACUGGCCCGAAAAAUGCAAAGUAUACUCACCACAGCGUACAGAAUGCCAUCUUAGACAUUAUGAAAGACAUGGUUCUUGAGCAAAUAAAAAGUGAGCUCAAUAAGGCUCAGUAUUUUACCGUCCUUUCAGAUGAGUCUAAAGAUAGAAGCAAAAAAGAGCAGCUUGUUGUUGCAGUCCGUUACUGCUACGAGAAUGCCAUACAUGAGGAAUUUAUUGGCAUUGCUGAGGCGCAAAGUUUAGAUGCAGAUGGUCUUUCAGACACAAUAAUUGAACGAUUGCAACGCAUCGAAGCCAACAUGAAAGCAUGCGUGGGGCAAGGCUACGAUGGAGCUUCUGUUGUUUCUGGUCACCUGAAUGGCGUUCAAAGGAAACUUCCUCUGAAAACCGGUGCUGAAAUGGCUUACUACGUCCAUUGCUUUUGUCAUCGAUUGAACCUUGUGAUCGUCGAUGUUGUGAAAUCAAUCAGUUGUGUGGCAGACAUGAUAUCGCUAUUCAGAAGCCUGCAUUCUUUUCUGAGCAGCAGCACCGUUCAUGUACGAUGGGUAAAGGUCCAAGAGGAUCACAAGGUUCAUGUGAUGGAAAUUGGAAAAGUUUCUGACACGAGAUGGUCUUGCCAGGCGAAGCAAUUCAAUGUUUUCUGGGAGCGGUUGGAUAUCUUGGUGGAAGUCCUGCAGGAUGUGAUUGACACAGAUACGAACCCCGGUCGCAGAACAGAAGCUACUGGUUAUCUUCUGCAGAUUGACAGGAAAUUUGUGAGAUACCUGUUUGCCAUCCGACACGUCUUGAACAAAGCCAAAUUUGCGUCUGACAUGUUGCAGAAACCCUCCAAUGAUUUGAGUCAAGCCAUUGAUCUCAUUGCAACAUUGAAAGAUGAACUGGAUGACUGUCAAAGCAGGGAUAAGAUUCAAGAGUUCUGGGAUACUGCCGAAGAAGCAGCGGAUCGCUUGGAAUUGCCGGAAGAAAAAAGACCACCAAGAAAGAGGGCAACGCCUGCUUCUCUUCGAGAGUUUGUUGUGGAAGCAUCUUCAGAGCCUCAAGUAGCAAGCGGGUUUGAUGGCUACGUACAAAAUGUCAAAGAAAUACUAAACAGAACAACUGCAGAACUUUGCAAGCGGUUUGACGAAAAAAACAUAAAGAUCAUGAAAGGCAUAACUGCAUUGGCCCCCAAGUCGAAAAGCUACUUGGACCCAACAACUCUUGUCAAUUUUGCUGAGCUUUUUCAGUCUGAAAUUGGUGCACUACGCAGUGAAAUUGCCACAUUUAAAUAUAUGCUCUCAAGAAAAGAAGAAAAACACCGCCCAAGCACACUUCUGCAACUAGAGGCACACUUGGAAAAGCUAAAUGAAGCUUUCUUUGAGCUGCACCGGCUUGUAUCCAUCGCAUGCACUUUGCCAGUCUCUUCAGCCGAAUGUGAACGCAGCUUCAGCUCUAUGCGCCUCAUCAAGAGUGAUCUGCGCUCACUUAUGAAGGACGAGCGUCUAGACAGUCUGAUGAUGCUAGGUAUUCAUCGUGCCCGUGGAAGUGCUCUUGACUUGGACUCAGUAGUAGACAGAUUUAAGGCUAAGUUCCCGAAGAGUAGAAUUGCUCUGUGAAACAAUUUUGAUUCUUGGACUUGAAUUUUCGAUAUGUAGAAGUGCGUAUUCCACCGCUUAGGUCUGUUCCUAUAAAGUUACGUUGUGUUCCAGUUUUCCUUAAGUUCAGUUGGUUGCUUUUUAUUUAAAUUCAUACUUUCCAAAGAUAGGCCCUACUUGAAUUGGCAACGUUUGAUGAGUUGUAAAGAUUUAGAGUAGUUUUAAGCUUAUCUAGAGGCAG